AUGGAAAGUGUUUACCACGAGUCAACUAAGGGAAAUGUAGGCCAAUCGUGCAAUGACAUAAACCAAGAUGAAAAUAGAGUCUUGGAAAUUGCAUUUAACAAAUCAGGUAAUCCAUUUCAAGAGGAAUUGAAGAAAAGCUCAAAUACAAAUAUUAAUUUCCCAUAUGACAAGCAUCGUUCCAAGUCUACUCCUAGCACGCCAACUUUACAAAUAGGUCCAGAUUUAAAUGCAAGUCUACCCAAAUUGACACGAGGAAACAGCUUGAACGAGAACUUGCUCCGAGAGAACGAUCUAGACAAUAAUCUCAACAAUGAUAACAAGUUAACCAGAUUCAAAAAAUCUGUGUUGAUACCAGCAGCAAAAUGGGCAUAUUCACCAGUAACGAAAUUUCAAAACCAACGGAAAAGCUAUACUAGCAGCAGACCAGUUGAUGAGUACAAAAUCGAGUAUUCUGUUUUCAAACCUUUACCUGGUUUAAAGCGGAUCCAGCUUCCUAGUGACAUUUCAGCACACUUGCACGAUUUCAUCGAGUUUCAAACCAAUAAACCAUUUGAGUUCCCUGAAGGAUACCGAAGCGAAAAUCAAUUUCAAGUUUUAAUCGAACAAGUUAGACAUGUGAUCGAAGUGGAUCGUAUUUAUCCUGAAAGAAUUGCGCUGGGAUCUUCGGGAAGCUACUUUGUAUUCAACAAAAUAGAACCAAACACUAGUUUAUAUGCAAAAGUGGGCAUUUUCAAACCUAAAAGUGAAGAGCCGUUUAAACACGUUGAAAAGUUACCUUAUAAAAUUGGAUCUUUCCAGGUGUUUUUAAAUGGUUAUAUAAAUGCCAAUACUUGGUUCAAGGUCCAUCCCUUGCCAACUCACAUUCACCUUCUUCCAAACUCACUGGAUGUUGAAGUAGAGAUCACUGAAGCAGAUUUCAAAUUUCAAUGGAGUAAAGACGCAAUGUUGCAAUUUCAACAAGAAAUUGAGAAAAUGGUCAUUCUAGAUUAUAUAAUGAGAAACACUGAUCGUGGUAAUGAUAACUGGAUGAUAAAGGUUGAAUGGGUAGAAAUCACUCGCGAUGAGACAAAACAGAUAAAAACCAUGCGCCCAUAUUUGAAGAUAGGUGCAAUUGAUAAUGGGUUGGCUUUCCCUUGGAAGCAUCCUAACGAAUGGAGGUCAUUUCCCUUUGGGUGGUUGUUCUUGCCUCUUAGUCUCAUUGGUCGACCAUUUUCAAAAGGCACACGAGAACAUUACUUGCUACUACUCACUUCGAAACUAUGGUGGGAAACAACAGUUGUUAAAUUGCACAGGACGUUCAUGAAGGAUAAAGACUUUAAAGAGCGCAUGUGGUUAAAACAAUUGGCGGUUUUGAAAGGUCAGGCUUUCAAUGUGGUUGAAGUUUUGAAAAUGGGAUUUGCUGGACCAUUAGAGUUGACACGUCGGGAAAACUUGGUGGUUUAUGAUGAUUUGAUGUUUAUGCCAUGCAAUGGUGAUGGUGAUGGUGAUGGUGAUGGUGGUGGUGAUGAUAAUGAUAAUGAUGGUGGUAACGACCUUGCAGAAACGAGGCAACUGUUGCUGGUGUCCACUGAAAAUGCAGAUCAAUAUACGCCACUUCUUAUCAAGCCCAGUCGGAUUGAUAACCUACAAUGCAUUAGUGACCCCGGAGACAAUUAUCCUAAUAGAAACGAAUCAGGCUAUGAAAGAAUUAAUAGGGAAACAGAGCCGCUCCCAAAACAAGGCUCUAGAGUGGUUAUAGAGAGAAUAGUUCGAGAAACUUCAAAACCCCCCGUUUUUACAUGGUGCUGA